AUGUUUUCAUUUUACGACAGCUCAAAAUCAUCCACUUACAGACCAAACGGUUCCAUUUAUAAUGUCCAUUAUUUAGACAGUGUGUACUCUGGAUUUUGGAGUGUGGACACUAUACGAAUAAACUCGUUGGAGAUUCGGAAUCAAGCGUUUGCUGAAGUGAGGAGUAUAUUUAAUCUCGAUUACUUAUCUGAUAAAUAUGAUGGAAUAAUUGGCAUGUCGACUAGACGGAUGUCGAAAUAUGGGAAUAUCCCAGUAUUCCCAAAUAUACUUCAGAAUUUCCCGAAUAUGGAUCUAGUGUUUACGUAG